AUGGCCUCCGCUGCUCUGCAGGAAACUUGGUCGCGGAGGAACAUACCAUGCCUCGAGUGUAUGUUAUUCCUUGCGAGACUCGGACCUGAUAGAAUCCGUAGGUACAGUCUCUGCUUAGAGAGCCCCUCAGGUGCUGUGCGCUGCCGUCAUUGUCAACAUCCCGAAACCUACAGCCGUUGCGUUGCGAUAAGUGCUGCAGCCCUGGCAAUCCCAACCUUGCAAACCACUGAUCAGCCGGACCAGAUCCUUCGCGGAUCCGAGCUCGCCUGUAUAGCUGUGAACUUGAUCCAUGCUGUCAAGGCGUUCCAAGCAUCUACGGACGAGGACAAGAACGCAGCUCAGCUGAUAAGUCUCCCUGUCGCCAAUAUGCAAACUCAUCAGACCCAUGCCCGUAAGGCCUGGGAGUCCAUAUGGGAGGUCAGAAAGCUCGAUAAGAAUAUCGAUGAGAAAGUACGAGAGGUUAGGCGGCUGGAGGAGAAGCUUGCUCAGAAGACAGGGGAGGUCAAACGCUUUGAGGAGAAGCUCGAUGAAAAGAAGAUUGCGGUCGAAAAGCUCAAGAACGAGAUCGGGCAGCGCAAGAACAAGUUGAGGGGACUCUUGAAUAGUGUAGCAAUGUAG